UGUUCAGGUUAGCACGUUAUAAUUACUGACACAAUAUAUGUACUGUGUGCAAUAAAUAGCUUAAAAUGUUUAAACGUGCGAAACUAAAUCUGUAUUUCAAAACAGUUUUAUUCUGCAUAACACAGACAGUUGCCUUCACAGACACUGGGGAAAAGUUGCUUAACGUCACUAGCCCACAAGUACAACUAAUCAGUGUAGAGUCUCAAGCUGGAGAAACUUUGCAGUUAACCUCUUAUCAUUCUGAUGUUCGAAAUCCCAGUGUGAUGAGGGUGUACAAUGAAGCAUUAAAACAUCAAAAAUUGACAUUUACAUGCAAUUCGACUUCUCCUGUGGAAUGGGUUUUCGAGUGUGCUGAAACUGUAUCAAUUGAUGUUUCAACAACCAAACAAGUUCGACUCAGCUCAAUUGAUGGCCAGGAUUACGAAUAUCGCUCAAAUUUAACCCUAACCCUAGCCUUCAGUCUGAAUUCAGAGUAUAACCUUGAUUUUACCACUGAUACACCAAAUUUUCCGAACGUUACGUGUCGAAUUGUUGAACAUCCUAUUUCGAACACCUCAAUUAUUUUCUUAGAGCGAUUGGAAAUCAACGACAAUGUUACAGUAGAUCUAUACCAAAAUUUUGCACUCAACCGGACAUUGAACUGUUUUCGACCAUCAAAAUGUGUCCAAGAAUGUCCUCUGAAAAUGAUAGUGGAUUUAGUCACUGCUACUUUCUCUUAUGAAAGCAAAUUACUCCACCAGUCAAAAUUCCAGUGUGGGAUAGGUAUUGCAAAAUGCAAUGGGAAGAUGGACUUGUGCAAAUCACUGGCAAGUAACCCAUCCUGUGUUAACUUUACGAGAGGGCAAAAUCUUUCAAAUCCGAUAAACCCAACAAAUUUUUCGGGAGUUCUUAAGUGUACGAGUUCAGAUGGACAUUUAGUAUUUUCUCAAUAUUAUAUGGUGGAUGGAAAAACAAUAAAACAGCGUGUUCUGAACAGAAGAAUGGAUGUGCUAAAACUUCCAGGCGUUUUGGUUGUGCAUCCAGCCAAGAAAGCUCAAAAAUAUUAUGAUGGGCAAAACGUGACGUUCAUAUGCUCAGCGUGGUCAUCGGUCUUUGCAAUGGGUUCGAUAAUAUCAUACACAACUAAAAACAAAUCAGUUGUGCUAGUUGACCCCCCAGGAAAUGAAAUGUUUCAAGAGUCGAUAGAAAAAUUCUCAAAGACGGUGGUUAUCAAAUUAACCAAAAAUAUGACUACCGUCAUUUGCAAUACUUCGGUUGCUGAUUCAAAAGAAUGGCGACACAGUUCGUUCAACAUUUAUGUUCAAUAUUCUGAGACACCGACAAUCACAAAUCAUAGGACAUCGUCCAACGCAUCGGGAACUUAUUAUAAAUGCGAAGCAAAAGGGAUACCACUCCCCCGAAUUCAGUGGUUUCAAAGCGAAACUAUUUUGACUCCAGAAGACAGUGAUAAUGACUUUAAAGUUCAUAAUAAUACGUUCAAUCAAAUGGAAAUUACCUGUAAAGCAGUAAGCGAAGUUGGGGAAGCCGAAUAUACAUUUUCAUCAGGGAGGCGUUCAGGUACACAAAGCUUGAAGGCUAACGGUAUCCUAAUUUUCGUCUUAUUCGACAGUGUCCUCGUUAUGAGCACAGUGGGAAGGAGGAAAUCAUAUGCAUCGGGCCACCUGGAAUAAUUGUCGAGCUGAAAUUGGGAUACAUAUGUAGAACUUUUAAAUAGUAUAAAACCUAUCAAUACAGCUUUGCUCAGCCCGAACCAGGAUUGAUUAGUAAACCCAUGCUGGUCAGAAUGUUAUACUAUUUUUCACUAAUUUUUGCAUUAGCUAUCAUCAGUUAGUAGUAUUACUUUGCACCAAAUACCACGAACAGUUGAGGCUGUUCCUAUAAAAAUUUCGAAGUUUAACCCUCCAAAAUUCGAAUCCUAAGUUAUUUUUUGACUCCUCAGUAAAUUUUAGCUGAAUAUAUAAAUUCUUAGAAAUCGGUAUGGGUACCCUUCUGGUUACUUUUUGUACAUCUUUGACUCCAUAUAAUUUCAUGGGAAGUCAUUAAGUAUCACCCUUCCGAAUUUCAGCUUUUUGCGACAAGUUCUGAAAAUCGGUAUGGGUCACCCCAACGGGUCCCGGAAUAUGAAAAUUUUACCAAUUUCACUUCAUAUUCUUCCAUUAGGGGCAAUUAGAAGUCCCUAUACCAAAUUUCGGCUCGAUUGGACGAUUUUGAAAAAUCGGUGGGGGUCACCCCAUAGGGUCCCUCCAGACACAAAUUUUUCCAAUGUCAAUUUAUAUUCUUCUAUUAGGACCCAUUUACAUCCUCUGUACCAAAUUUCAGCUUUCUACGACAAUUUCGAAAUUUUGGUGCAUAAUACCCCACCCACUCUGCUGACCCCCACCGGUCAACCUCUGGACCGAUGUCGCCCAUCUUCGAACUCGAGUUGUGUAUUUGCAUAGUCCAGAUGUGUGGAUAAUUUCAAGUCGAUCGGAUAAGUUUAAAGAGAGUUAUCGUCGGACAGACAGACAGACAGAUAGACAGACAACACGGGUACAUAAGCCCUGGUUCGGGCUAAAAAGUUGUAGUCAAGACGUUAUUAUUUUAAAUUACAAGGAUAUAAUCUUCUUGUUUAUAUACCAUGCGUGUGAAUGUAUGUAUGUAUUCUGUAAAACGUAAGUCCAGUUUAUCCAAAGCUCUAAACUAAAUAUUAUCCAAACCUGACAAUAAAUUAUCUAUACUUAAAUUUACUUUA